AUCACUAAUUACUGAGACAGGGACCCUACUUCCGAAGGUGUGACCCGCUUUCACAGUGUAUGUGGCAACAACCCAGUUUGACCUUUAUUUAUACUGCCAACUUUUCAGGGACUAGAAUAUCACUGUAGUAAUGGAGAGACUGAAAAUUCUGACGCUGAAUUGCUGGGGUGUACCAGUUCCUUUUGUCUGCAAAAUGAGACCACAGAGAAUCCUUGCUAUUGCUAAGGAGUUGUCCAAGGGACAGUACGACAUUGUGGUCCUUCAGGAGGUAUGGUUGAAGAGUGAUUACAAUAUUAUAUGUGAAAACAUUAGCAGUGUCUUGCCACACAACCAUUAUUUCUACAGUGGUGUUAUCGGGAGUGGAGUGUGCGUGUUCUCAAAAGUGCCGAUACUGGAGACAUUUUUCCACAAGUUCCAGCUCAAUGGGCAUGCUUACAAAGUUCACCAUGGUGACUGGUUUGGGGGCAAAGGUGUUGGCCUUUGUAUUCUAAACUAUAAGGGAUUAAAGAUCAAUCUCUAUGCUACACAUCUGCAUGCAGAAUACAACCGGUCAGAUGAUGAGUACCUGCCACACAGAGUGUCUCAGGCCUUUGAAAUGAGCCAGUUUAUUCGCUACACAUCAACCAACUGUGAUGUCGUCAUAGCUGCCGGAGACUUCAAUUUGGAGAGCAAUGAUGUUGGCUACAAAGUUUUGGUUACAAACACACCUCUGAGAGAUACAUGGGAGCAAAAGAAAAACACACCUGAUAGCAACUUAUCAGGGUCAACAUGUGAGUGUCCAUUCAACCCAUUCAGUGACAAGAAUCAGGUCCAAAUACAGCAAGAUGGCAAACGUAUUGACUACAUAUUAUAUGAGGCCAAAACAGGUGUGAAUAUCACUGUGGAACGCUGCAUCACCACCCUAGGAAUGGUGCCAGGUCAGCAGUAUUCUUUUUCUGACCAUGAAGCUGUAGCUUCAGAUCUUCUGCUGCUACGGUCUUCGGAAGAAACACAACCAGUUGAUACUUCUUUGGAGACUGAGCGCAAUGCAUACCUCAUUGCAGCUCAGAACAUUGUGAAAGAGGGUGUAAUUCAAGUUCGGCGAACUAUCACUGGCCUGCAGCUCCAAGCUCUGGGUCUGGCUGUUCUCCUGCUAGGGCUGUGCAAUACAGAGUUGUCUGUCACUAAUCCCAUCAUCAUUAUUUUCUUCCUUGGCUUGGUGAAGCUUGUGUUGGCUGUAGCAGUGGCUGCCCUUGUUUGGUUAGCAUUGGUGGUUAAAGAGGGAGAAGUGCAUGGGCUGAAGGCAACAGCAAGUAACCUUGAGCUUCUGUCCAAACACAUUUCCGAGGGGAGGUAGCUUUCCACAAUGUUUUCCACGCAUCAGUUUAAAUUUUUUAGUGUUGUAAAUAUGUGCCAGUCAACAAAUAAAUGCCAUUAAGAUUAUGAUAAAAUUUUGUCAAUGGAAAAAAACAGAUUAGUCAUAAUAAGAGAAUUGUAUAGAGAGACUACAUUUUGAAGAAUUUAUUUUUAUAGUGUUUUUCUUAAAUAGUUUUGAUAUGACUGUGGUUAUUUUGUAUAGCAUGUCCUUACCUUAGUUUUACUGAUUCUGGGGAAAGUGGUUUAUUUUCUCGUUGUGGAAGAAGUACAUUUGGUUUGAUUCUUGACUGACUACUUACCAAUAUUUUUCACUUGUAUACUCAUAGAUGGUUUUGAAAUGAUCGGCAUCUGAACUGCUCAAAAACUUUUAGAACCAGAAAUAAAAUCCAUGAAGACUACUAGUCAGUAGCAAAAUUAUCGAAAACUUUUUCCAACAUACUGGGACCAAAACAGAAUCAUAACAUUCUCACUAUCAGGGAGAAUGUCUGGACCACAUUAGAAGAUAAAUAAAAGAUCAUGCUUUAAUUGUAAUGUAUGAUAAUAUCAGCUAUAAUAUGUGAUAAAGUAAUAUACAUUCUGCUGAUGAUGCCAUGUAGACUUGGCUAUUCAGUUGUUGGUAAUUGUGUGGGUAUUAAUAGUUGAUGUUUCAAAGGGCUUAAUAUUAUUUUGUGUGAUAUUUUGCAUAUUCUGUUUAUUUUAAAAGGAUAUAAAUAUUGUACAUAUCUGUGUCAAAAAGACUUGAUAAAGCUACAUACAACAAGGUG